CAAGGCAUCAUUUUUUCAAACCUCGCUAUCCAACUUCGCUUCUUAUAUCUCAUAUCCAAGGCAAGCAAUUAGGAGGUGCCCCCCCAUCUGGCCAACGCACCAAAGAAGGCUGAGAGUCACAGUACUGAAACGAAGAGAAGGCGGCCUAGGAAAAUGUGGUUUCUGUUCGUGUGUGAUGAAGAAGACAGGGAGUUGGGAACGCAGCAAGCUCCUGGGACAUGCCCUUGCUGUGGAGGUAAAGUGCAAGCCAUAGACAUUGAGAGGCAGUGGAAGUUCUGUUUUCUUCCCAUCUGUUUCAAGAUCAAGAGGAAGUACUUCUGUACUUUGUGUGCUAGGCGCUUGGAAUUGUAUUACUAAUUAAGUACUUGAGGAACAUAUAACACCGAUAAAAGGCUUUGCUGUUGUUGUUGAUCAUGAUGAUAAUGAUUUUGUCAAUGCUAUAUAACAUCUGUUGCCCAAGAAAAUGGGGGGUUUUUGUGUA